CGCAUUUCUCCGCCUGGCGCGGCUGCUCGCGUCUCAAGCCUCCUGCUUCUCUGGAUCUGCCGACGAGCCCAGCUGCCUUGCCUUCCCGAGAUCUACCAGCGACUUUGGUCUGUUCGUCGACCCUCUCCCCCGUCCAUCUCCAAGCCCUCCGACAUGAACCAACUCUUCCGUCUCCCAAAGCCCGUCCUUCUUGCUCGCGGCCCAUAUCAGCGAUGUCUGGCAGCUAACUUCUCCGCCGAGGCCAAGCCCAAGCCCCCCACUGCCAUUGUUUUGAUGAACAUGGGUGGUCCUUCGACCUCGAAGGAGGUCGGCUUCUUCCUCGGCAAUCUGUUUGCCGAUGGCGACUUGAUCCCCAUUCCCUUCCAGAGCGUCCUGGCUCCUUGGAUUGCCAGGCGCCGAACCCCCAAGAUCGAGGAGCAAUACGACCAGAUCGGCGGUGGAUCGCCCAUCCGCUACUGGACCGAGCGACAAGGCAAGCUUCUCGAGUCGAUCUUGGACAAGCAGUGUCCCGAGACAGCACCCCACAAGUCAUACGUCGCCUUCCGAUACGCUCCUCCGCUGACCCAGGAGACCCUCGAGGCCAUGAAGCAGGACGGCGUCGAGCGUGCCGUCGCCUUGACCAUGUAUCCUCAGUACUCCUGUUCGACGACUGGCUCAUCGCUCAACGAGCUUCACAAGACCAUGGAUCGCUUGGGCAUGAAAGAUGCCUUUUCGUGGAGCAUCAUCGACCGCUGGCCCACCCAGCCCCAGCUCAUCGAGACCUUUGCCCAGCACAUCGAACGGUCUCUGGCCGAGUACUCCAGCGAAGAGCGAAAGGAUGUGGUGCUGCUGUUCUCAGCGCACUCGCUUCCCAUGUCGGUGGUCAACCGAGGAGAUCCCUAUCCCCAAGAAGUCGCGGCCACCGUCCAGGCGGUCAUGGAGAGACUUGGGUUUUCGAACCCGUAUCGCCUGAUCUGGCAGUCCCAGGUCGGCCCCUCCGCUUGGCUCGGCCCCAAGACCAACGAAGUCAUCGAGGGAUAUGCCAAGCAGGGCAAAAAGAACCUCCUGGUGGUGCCGAUUGCAUUCGUCUCGGACCACAUCGAGACAUUGUUUGAAGUCGACAUCGAAUAUGUGCAUCUGGCCAAAGAGAACGGAGUCAACCUCAAGCGAGUCGAGUCCCUCAAUGACGACCCGGUCUUUAUCGACGGCUUGGCCAAGCUUGUCAAGGACCAUCUCAGCACCGGCACCAAGGUGUCCACCCAGCUGGGCCUGCGCUGCCCGCAGUGCACCAAUCCCAAGUGCGCCCACACCCGAGAGUACUUUGGGAAGGAAUAGAGCAAAGACAUUCACCGGUUCCAUGUACUCUUUCACCUUUUGGCGGUUGGAAAUCUGCUGCCGUCAUCGCCGACAGCAACGUGAAUUAUGGCGACGCCUAUGCCCUUGCAUCUCACUCCCCCCCUCCUCCACUUGUGCUCACAGCAAGACGUUCGAUCCAUCACGACCACCGACAUGAACCCGGUGCAUAUCCAAAUAGAUCCCGUUUGCUCGCCACGCGAAA